AUGGCUUCAGGACACAACGAAUAUGGGCACGGCUACGCCGCCACCGAGGUGAAGCAUCACGAAUGGCGUACCGCCGAGAACAGCAGUCCACAUCUUGUACCAAAGCUGCAAGCCAUUGUCAAAGAUAACCCAAAGCUAAAACUUCUCGACGUUGGUGCCGGAUCUGGUACCAUCUCAACUUCAUUGGCAAAGUACAUGCCCGAGGGGGAAAUUACUGCGACCGACAUAUCCGAUGAGAUUCUUGCUCGAGCCAAGGAAUAUGCCGACUCCCAAGGCGUUUCCAACAUCAAGUUCCAGCAAGCCAAUAUUUUUGAGCUACCUUUUCCAGACUCGACUUUUGAUGUUACGCAUGCGCAUCAAGUCCUCUGCCAUUUAGGUGCCCCCGUGGAUGCUAUCCGUGAAAUGCUCAGGGUGACGAAACCUGGGGGUACUGUUUCUCUUCGUGAGAGUGACAUGCAUAUGUGGUGCAUAUGGCCUGAACUCCCAGCCCUUCUCAAGUUUCAUGAGCUUCAGAUCAAGAACAUCGCAGGCAAAGGCGGCCAGGAUAAGGGAGGUCGUCAACUUCUCUCGUGGGCCUUAGAAGCCGGAGCUUCGCGUCAAGAGAUUGCUCUGAGUUUUGGUACGUGGUGCUAUAGUACACCAGAAGAUAAGAAAGCAUGGGGUUUGGCGAUGAAAGAUCGGUCGCUUACUGGCUUUGCGCGCGAUAAGGCUGUUGAGUUGGGCAAUGCGACCGGAGAGGAGCUGGAUGAUAUGGCUAAGGCUUGGGAGCAGUGGAUUGAGACCGAUGAUGCUUCGUUAGGUAUUAUGAACGGCGAGGCAUUGAUCACCAAGAUUUAG